AUGCUUCUUUCGACAUCAAAAUUAACGACUUCCAAACUUAAUAAAUCCUAACUAUCAAGUCCAUAGAGAUCAACCAUUAACUAUUUGAGUUAAGAUCUCGAUUCCCCAUCUAGAUAGAGAAUUAAAUUGCUGUCAGAUAAAUGGAAUCAUAUUCAAAAUGGAAUUGAUAAAGAUAAGGUCGAAAAAAGAGAAGUGUUGGAAGAAAGAAUCAAAAUCAUAGAAGACGUGCUUGCAUCUGAAAAACCCAAGGAUGAAUAAAAAUUCAAAGUCAUUAAGGAUUCAGUCUUGAAACUAUAAGAUUAAGCACAUAAUCAAAAAUCAGAAAGAGAAGCAUUUGACGACAAGAAGGAGAAAGAUUUUAGAACAUUAUCAGAUAACAUUGCACUCUCCUUCGAAUAGGAAAGAAAUAUUAGAGGACAGGGAGAAACAAAGUUAUAAAAGCAAAUUGAUGAACGUUUUGCCUAGAUAACCUUAACAAUCACUAGAAACACUCAUCAAUAUGAGGAUAGAAGCCAGGCUAAAAUUUCUGAAGUUCUUUAAUAAAUUUAGGUUGUUAAAAAUUAAUUAGAUUAAGAAAGAAGAUCAAGGGAGGAAUCAGCUGAGUCAUUAUCUGAAUAAAUUGAUAGUGAGAUUAACAAGUUCUCAGAUUAAUUACUUGUCGAAAAGAAAGUAAGGGAAGAGACUCAAGGAAAAAUAUUCAGAAUGAUUGAAGAUGUACAUGGCAAAUUACAAUAAGAUAUCAAUUUUGAAAGAAGGGAAAGAGAAGCAACUACUGAAGCAUUACUAAAAUUAUUAGAGGAUGCAUGCAUUAAAAUAGAUAAGAAUUUCAGAUCAUUUUGA